AUGCAAUUGGAUUUUCCAUUCACGACUGUUGUUGCCCAGCCUUACCUACUACUAUUUUGCAGAGGUGGAGGUGCCGAUGGCUCUGUUCUGGCCUUCAAUAAAACAGAGAACGCGUUCCAUGCUAACGGAGGCAUCGACGAAAUCACCGAUGGACAGUUCCCAUUUUUCCUUAAAUCAGGAUUAAGUGCUGGAGACUUUGUUCACCUUGCAGCCGCUGUCGGAACAGCCAAUUGUCCUGGUGCACCUCGAUUGGAGUUCAUGUUUGGGCGCCCCCCUCCGAAAGCCCCUGCUCCGGACUUCACCGUCCCAGAGCCAACUGACAGCGUCACAAAAAUUCUGGAACGCUUUGCAGACGCUGGAUUCUCACCCCAGGAAGCGAUCGCUCUACUUUCUUCCCACACUAUUGCUGCAGCUCACCGUUGGGACCUUGUGAGUAAACGUGAUAGCUUCAUGGCUAAGGCUUAUGCAUAUGGCACGAAUAGUGAUACCCAGGUAUUCCUCGAGGUCCUCCUCAAAGGUAGACUGUUCCCAGGAAACGGAUCCCAACCGGGAGAGGUUUUAUCCCCACUCGCCGGAGAGAUGCGCCUCCAGAGUGACUUCCGUCUCUCACAAGAUCCCCGCACUGCUUGCUUCUGGCAAGCUAUGGUUAACAACCAAGAACGCAUGGUGACCGAGUUCAAGGCUGCUAUGGCCAAGCUUCAAGUUCUUGGACAAGACAGGUCCAAGCUUAUCGACUGCUCCGAUGUCGUCCCUAUUCCCAAGCCAUUCAAGUCUAACAUCAAAUUCCCGCCUACUUUCUCCAGGAAGGAUGUUCAAAUUGCUUGCCCUCUUCUUCCUUUCCCCAACCUCGCUACACAAGCUGGCCCUGCCCCAACUAUCCCUCCUGUGUGCGUAACCUUUCUGGUAUACGAACGGGUCGGAGCCGGUCCAGCGAUGCCUAAAGAUUCUAACAUUGAUGGUCAUCCACCGAGACCUGGAUCACAGUCAGGGCGCCAUUACAGGCGAAAGUCCUUUGCUGCUAUGAGCGAAUACUACAAGCAUCGUCCCAAAAUUCAAUACUCAAUGGUCCCUCAAUGUUUCACAGACGAAGACACCGUGGCAUGCUUGAAUUCUCCCGAAGGUUCCAUUCGUUCCGUCAAGCAAGUCAAUUUAGCAAAAAGAGCGUCUGACUGGGGAAAGGCUAGACUCUUCGAUGCUGCUGCCACUGCCCGUUCUCGACAGAGGCUUGGCAUGGAAACAUCUGAAGAUAAGCAUUUUAUAUCGAUGCUGUCUGGCCUGUCUUUGAACGACCUCCGUGAUGAUCGUCGAGAUUCUGAAAUGGAAGUCGAUGGUGUACCGUCCCUCGAGUCUCUCUCAUUGUCCACUACAGAAGACAGAGAUGUGACAGUUCCUCUAGUUACAUCAUACAAAAAGGAAAGAAAUUCUACCAGAAGGGCGAGGCAAGCUUCAGUCGCCUUGCGCACUCGUGAAGGGCCGUACAGAAUGCCUGGUCCCGAUUUCUGCCAAUGGGAAGAGUGUGGAGCGCCUCUGAGAAAAGGUACCCACAGGCUAAUUGACCAUUUUCCUGAUUACGAAUGGAGUGGUGAAGAGAUUCAUUGUCAGUGGACGGAUUGUGACGAUCUCUUCUUAGGAACCAAACGAGCCAUGGCUUUGAUUCUAUCUUCUUAUUCUACAUCGAUUCAGUUUGCCCCUGUCCUUACUCCGCAGCAUUUUGCUGCCCAGUAUGACAUGGAAAUGGCGGCCGAAGAGAGCAGUACACAGAACAUGCGACUGAUCUCAGAGAUCCAACAGAUUGCUGAUUCUGUACAAAAAUUACGUCUUGGAAAGGAUUCAGACACGGACAAAGGCACACAUGCAAAAACUAAGUAG